CUGUUCCUCGGUGUGUUCCUGUUCCUCGGUGUGUUCCUGUUCCUCGGUGUGUUCCUCGGUGUGUUCCAGCGUCUCGCUUCAUGGCGUACCACACGCCUCUGACCAACUCCCAGGAGUUCACGGCGGCGCUGCUGAAGGCCCGAGAGCUCGCCCACAACAUCACCAUGAGCAUGAGGAACAUCUCCGGCACCUCGCCCCACUUCGAGGUCUUCCCUUACACGAUAACGAACGUGUUCUACGAGCAGUACCUGACCAUCGUGCCCGAGGGCAUCUUCAACAUCUGCCUGUGUCUGCUGCCGACCUUCGUGGUGUGCUGCCUGCUGCUGGGCUUGGACCUGCGGUCCGGUCUGCUGAACCUCGCCACCAUCAUCAUGAUCAUCGUGGACACCGUGGGCGUCAUGACGCUGUGGGGCAUCCACUACAACGCCGUGGCGCUCAUCAACCUGGUCACGGUGAGG